CCUCAAAAGCUGGGGGAGGGGGGAGGGGGACUUGAAACCCCUGUCUCCUCCCAAAGCUGAGGGCCCCAGUUCCAGAAACCCUCAGCUCCCCCAAACAGACAGGGAAGGACAUGAAACCCUCAUCCCUUGGAAAGCUGACAGCCUCAGCCCUGGGUGGGGAGGGAAGGAACACCCCAAAGCUGACAGCCCCCAGGCCAGGGAGGGACCCCCAAAUCACCCUCUCUUAAAAAGUGACCUAGAGUUAGGGACCCAGAAACCCUUUUUCUGCCAAAAUAGCUGCUUCAGUCCCAGAGUCAGAAACUUCAUCCUUCAAAAAGCUGAAUCCUGCCCCUGAGCCGGAUAUCUCCAAAUCUCACAUAACAGCCCCCCCUAAGUUAACAGCCCAAUAGCUAGGUGUUGAAACCUUCCUUUCCCCCCAAAUAUCCUACCGUGGACCCAGGGGAGCAGAAAAUCCUGUCCUUCUAAAAGCUAACAGCCUCAAUCCCAAAGCUAGAGGGCAUGAAAUCCUUACCUCUCCCCCCAAAAGGAUGGCAGCCUCAGGACCCUUUUUAACCCCACUAAAGCUCAGAAACUUUCAUCCAUGACUCAUCCUCUCCCCUCCCACCCCCCACCAAAAGCCAGUAGCCUGACUCAGAAACCCUCUUCUCUCUUAGCUAGUACCUGAGGCCCAGAAACUCCUAUCCCACCAAAGUUGACUACCUCAGACCCGGAGGACCCUUAUCCUCCUGGAAAUCUGGUCACCCCAUUCUAGAGCUGAGACCAGAAACCCUCAAACACACGCACACCAAUAAGGGUCAGCCCCAGCACCAGGGGUCCAAAAGUCCUCAUCUCCCCAGAUAGUUGAUAGCCUCCAGCAUCAGCAGUGCAGAAUUCUCAUCUCUCAGAAAGUUCACACCCUCAGCCUCAUCCCAGAACCAGGGAGCCAGAACCAUUAUCCCCACAAAAAGCUGAGAACCUUAGUUCUGCCUCAGAGUCAGGUGACCUGUAACACUCACCUUCGAAGCUUAAAGCUCCCAUCCCAGAGCCAGAGGACCUAGAAAUUUCCUCUUUUUAAAAGCUAACAAUCCCAGGCCAAGUCUAAGUGCUCUGUAAAAAUGCCCUCACCCCAUCCUGAGAAGCCAACAGCUCCAACUUUGCCCUAAAGCCAAGAUACAUUGUAAUGCCCCUCCCCAAAAACAAUAACCACAGCCUCCUAUCCUAAAACCUGGGAAAACAGCAACCCCAUCUCUACAAAGCCAACCUCAGUCCAGCCCCAGACAUAAGCCUUCUGGUGAUACAGCCUUGGACUCACAAGUUGGGCUCAAACAAAUGUCUUUGGACUCCAACUUAAAUUCAGGAUGAUCUGUUUCUGACUGGUGCUGAGAGAACUCACCUCCCACCCUCACUUCAUCACACUGAAUCUAGCCCUGCUUCCUCUCUGCCAUGCAAAACAAGUAACUGACAGAAAACCCCAAUAAAAGCAGUAAUUAAACACCUUUUCCCUAUUCCUUGGAAUGGUCUGAUUGGAGGGGAAGAAGACUGUCAUGUCUGAACAAGACCUCAAAAAUAAGGAACAGGAUCAGUAUCAGGAUCAAGCAGGGCCUUCUAUCUUCUCUGAUUUAGGAAGAAGCAGCUCACCCUGUGAGGUACAGGGAAGGCAUAGAUUUUCUAGCCCUUCACUGUCAGUCUCCAAUGCAGACAGCCACACUGAAACCUUGGAUGGGAAGACAUCAAGUUUCUUUGCAGCUCUGGAUGCCAGCAUCGAAACUUUACAAAAAAGGGCCCAGCAGCUGAUUGACAGCAUCAAUGAAAGCAGGCAGAAGGACCACACGCUCAUGAGCAACUUCAGAGACAGCCUCAAGAUGAAGGUGUCAGAUUUGGUUGAGAAGUUGGAAGAAAGGAUGUAUCACAUUUAUGAUCAUCAUAACAAGCUCAUUCAGGAGAAGCUACAGGAGUUCUCAGAGAAGAUAGAGAAGAUCAAUAAUUUAGAAAUCGAGCUCAAACAAGUCUGCCACACUGUGGAAACUGUGUACAAAGACCUGUGUGUACAGCCUGAAAUAUGACAAUAUCCCAGGAAAAGAAGACCACCUGAAAAAGGAGUUGUAAAUCAGUGAGCGUGAGAACAAAGCUAAGAUGAAAUUAAACAUUGCACAUAUUACAACAAUAAACACUCUUCUGUGCUGUUUCACGUGA